GGAAGGACAUUGCAACCAAUGAAAUCAAGCAAUGGGCGGAACCUCACACGUGGUUCAAGCAUGGCUCCCGGAGGGAAGAUCAACAGACCUAAAACUGAACUGAAAAAGAAACUCUUUAAACGGCGAAGGGUUUUGACAAAGGAAAAGAGAAAGAAACAUAAGAUUGUUGGAGCCAUUGUGGAUCAAGGGCUGAUAACUAUUCACCACCUUAAGAAGAGAUCUUCCAACUGUAGAGCCAAUAUCACACUGUCUGGAAAGAAGAAAAGAAAGCUCAUGAAGCAGCUGCACCACAUGAGCCGCGAGAAAGCUACAAUGGAGGUGGAGAGAGCACCCAAAGGAAAUGCAAACUCUGCAAAAGGAUCUGCAAAAGGCAGAAAAAAUAAUGCCACAGCCCAGGAUGUUGAAAUGGACGAAUGUAUGGACUAAGCAAAUGGACUGCUUCAGCAUAUGGCCAAGACCUCCCUCAGAAUGCUGAAUUUAAAGAGAAUUCCAGAAAUGGCUUAAGGCAUUUUCACAAGAUACAGAAAUAUAAAUUGACUGGACUGAAAGAUAAGUAAAUAUACCCACUGCCCACUGACAAUAACUGCAGUUAUUUCAACCCAAUGGAAACACUCUGCCCUUCCUUGAUCUAUACAGGGAUCAGACUCUUAUCUGCACAUACCCAUCCUGUUGUGGUUGGAGUUCAGGUGUAUACUGCAUGUUAUAUAACUGUUAACGGAACAGGAUUCUGUUAAGGCAUUGAUCUAGUUUUUAUUACUUUUGUUUGCCCUUUAAGCUGAAAUCCAUUGAUUGCCCCAAGCAGUGAAAACUCAAAAAAGCAUUUUGUUCCGCAGUCCCGUGUUCACACAAACACAAAAAAAAAAACAUUUUAAGGUUUUGCUAAACAGUAGUAGAGUUUUAAAUGUUUGUAUGUACAAUUUUGGAACAUUCAAGCUUACUGAAUGUAUUUGUACUUUUAAUCAUCUUGCUAAGAACCAUAAAAAUUGCAUUGUAAAACAUGGUCACUGUCAGGUUUUGACUUGAAGGAACACAUCAUCUUGAGUUGCUUUUACAAAGAUGUGGAAAACACAUACUGUUUAUGCAGGUGUUUGGAGAACACUUGUCUUUGUCUUGUGUCCUGUAGCCAGUUUUCCAAGGUGCAAUGCCAGUACUAGAAUAACAUUACAUUUUUAGUUGUGAUAUUAGUGAGCCCCACUGUAGAAAAGUUAAUCAACUCAUAGUUUGGACAUUUUACUUAUAAGAUAAAGGAAAUCAGCAGUCCAUGUACCUUUCAUUUCUGACAUCCUAGGUGGAGAAAACGUUCAUCAUAAUGUUACAAAAUAACAUUGACAAUAUUGUGAGUUGAAAGUUUUGGAUUUCAGGUGAGUUUUGCAAGGGCCAAAGAUGUUUUUUUCCACUGAAACAAAAGAAACAAGAUUGUAAUGUAUAACUUCAUAUCUAAUAUGUGAUUUUAUAUUUGCCAUGAGUGAGGAUCCCCACCAAGAGAACAUAUAAAAUCUAAUAAUCAGCA